AUGUAUCCAUAUGCCUCUAGGCAGACGGGUUCUGGAAGCGCGUUUGCGCAGAUGAUGAGAAGGCAGAAGCGCAUGAAUAGUGGAGGUGCCGCAAACUUCCCAUCCUUGAAUCGAAUGAAUGAUUCACUCUUGCCGCCUAUUGUUUCCCAGCACCCACCGGUCAACCCUACUACAAAAACACCUUCCUCCAGCACAGGUGAUACUUCUUAUCGUGAGCUGUCUGAGAAAACACCUCCAGCGGAACUUCUCCGAGUUAUUGGUGAGCUGCAGCGUGAGCUAAACACUCGAACAGACAGCGUUAAUGCGAUUCAACGAAAUUUCGAGCGCUUGAGCGGGAUGUACCGGCAGGAUCAAGCGGAGCUCGCGCGGGUUACGGCGGAGCUGCAGGGCAUGAAGGAGGCAUCAAAAGACGCAGUCAGUAGCGAGAAGGUGCUGCUGGCGGUCCAGCUAGAGUUAGAGAAUAUCAUGGAAAAGUACAAGAAACUUCAGGACGAUACAGAGCGAGAGAGACAAGAUUACAAGGCGGCGCUGUCCGCCCCAGAGAUACAGCAGAGUACUCUGCGAGAAAUGUGUGAGGGGCUGUCCAAAGAAAAGGCGAGCCUAUCCGAACAAAUAGAGACGCUGGAGCUGAAAUAUGCGCAGGCCAACGCCAACAUCGCCGACCUUGAGCAAAAAGCCACUCUUCAGACGCAGGAGGAGCGCCAAAGGCAGCAGAGUGGCGUGAGGGCACUCGUCCGACGCGUCGGCACCGCCAUUAAGGAAUGUGUAGAUGCCAUCGAAGCGUCCGUUUCUACUGUGGGGUUCCCGCGGGUGCCCUCGAAUGAGGGUGGGAACCCAACGGAAGCCGCUGGCGACGUUAGUAAAAACGCGGAUCGUAUUGACGCGGAGGUCUGGGAGCCAUGGAUGGAGACAGCUGCCCAGGAUUUGCUUUCUAGUCUCAAGGUAAUCUCGCCAACUGUUCAACAUGUGCUAUCGACCACGUGUAAGGCGGUGUCAGAGUUGAACUUCUCCUUGGUGGUCCAGUCGACGAUUGAGCCUGCCGAGGCGGGGUCCCGUCGGCAAUUGGAGGAACUCGAGGCGCAUGGCCGAGGCGUAUUGCAGAGGUUGCAACAAUCUGCUCACGGGUUGCUGGACACCAUGCCUUGCACCUUAGCAAAAGCGAAGGUGAAUUUGGAGGAACACGAAAGAAGAUCGAAGGAACGAUGUGAUUGGUUGCGGAGCUGUGCCCAUGAGUUUGCCUUGUGGAGCGAAACCGUGUUGCAUGAUGUAUGUGACAAACACCUUGAUUUAUUGGAUUCAUAUGUGAAUAGCAAGGGUCAGGUAAUGCUUGACAUCGCAUUAGCUGGUCAAUCAUACGCAAAAACUCAAGAACAAAGGGCCUGUCAGAUGUCUAUAAAGGUUCAUGAGGUCGAGGGUCGAUUGGCUGAAGCGAUCCGUGAUUACGAAAAGCAAAUCAAAACCAUUCAAGCGAACCAUACUUGCACAUUGGCGGAUAGAAAGCAAGUGGAGAGCCAUCUGAAGGCUCAACAUUCCCUGGAGAUGAAACAGUUACGCGAGCAUCUUCAACAGUCCCUCCAACAAAAAGAGCAGCUUCUAAAUGAGACUAAACGAGAUUUCGAGCAGACAGUGCAAUCCUUAAAGGCACAGUUGGAUCGCCUACAGCUCACUAAUAGCCACACCGAGGAGCAGAGACGCAUGGAAUGGGGCCGAGUGAUCGAGAUCAUGAAUAGUGAAACCACAGCGAGAAUGGUGAUUUUGGACGAGGAGAAUGUGCGUCGUCUAAGUGAAGAGCGUGCAGUCGGCGCCACUCUAGUCGAAUUGGCGGUAGCAAAUUACCGGCGUAUCCACUUUUCACAACAAGCUGCGUUUGGCGAGCUGAUGCAUGCGGAGGAGCAAAAACGCUGUGCGCUAUACUUCGAGGAAUAUCAAGAUCGCUUAUCGGUGGUACAAUACUUCUGGAGAGUGCAAUCGCGUCGCCUGGAGUCGACCCACAAGGAUGACAUGGCAGCGGUUCGCCGGGAUGAGGCUGCCAGACUGCUCGACAUCAUCCAAUCACGGGACCGUCAACACCUAUGUGAGCUGGAUGAGCUCCUCAAGCAACUUGAGGCCACACGGGUGGCGGAGAGCGAGCUUCGAGCGGAGUUGACGACCCUGCGGGGAAGCCUCAAGACGGAGCAGACCGCGAACGAGAAGAAACAACGUGCGGUGAUCAGCGCGGUGGGCUGCCUGCUCUCUGCCGAGGAGGCGAGCGAGAGCGCGUACUCGUGUUUGAGCUGCCUUAAGCUGCUGCGGGCGCCUCGGACCUGCGUCCCCUGCGGCCAUACCUUCUGCUCUCCCUGCCUGCUCGAGCACCCGCGUAAUAAAGGCGAGAUCGCGGCAGGAAGGGAGAACGUGGGGGGGCGCCCCCGCCACGGGACGUCGUGGUUUUGCCCGGAGUGCAAAAUGCGAAACGUGGAGGGGGUCGUCAGCACGCGCGCCUUGGAGGAGUUGGCAACGAAAUUCACGUACAAAACAAAGGUUCUGCGAGACGUCCUCGCGUACCUCGGGCCCGGCGCGGCGGAGGCUGGGAGCGCCCUCGAGGCACCCCCGAAUGGCAAUGGGGUGUCUUUACCCUCUUAG